AUGAAUCAAUCAUACCCCCAGCAGCCUCAAUACGCCCACUACCCUCCGGCGCCGCAGACCUACUCGCCUCCUCCGCAGCAGGAGCUGGGUAGUCAGGCCAGCCGCUAUCAAACAUACAACGAUUUCAACCAGUCCCAGUACAACCAGACGUACUCGAGGGACGGACAAGCUUCUGCCGGCGCCGGGUCGAAGAGGGCAAAGUUGUUCAGUCUGGAGUUCGUAUCGACGAAAUGGCCGCGCAUAUUCAUGCUUGUUGUCAGCCUCCAGGCCAUUCUGUGUCUGGCGUUUGAAGCGUACGUCUUCGGCCGAUUCCAAACGAACCUUGGGCCGUACGUCAAGGAUAACACCAAGGCCGACGCGCAAUACAAAACGAUCCCCACGUUCCUUACUCUUUUCAUUUUCGGUUUCUUGUACGAACUAGUCAUUGUAUGGGACGCUCUUCGUAUGAAGAACACCAUCCAGGUCAUCGGCGUGUGUAUUUCUAACUUGGCCCUGCUCAUCUACACGGCCAUCCAAGUCGAGCAAAUCUUGGAAGCCUUGGACAUUUUGGGUGAUUUCCCUGGCGCCCUCAAAGCCCCCGCCGAUGAGAUCUGGGAUGAUAUCCGACCUUUCCUGGUCGCGAUUCCCUGCAUUAUUGCGGCCACCACUAUUGCUAUGUGCUUCGCAGCCUGGAAGCUGUACCAGCAGUUCGCUUGGGAUAUUCUGAAGCACAUCGGCGCCGACUACAGGAUGAAAAAGAGGUUCCUACACUACCAGAUUUACAUCGCGCUGCUCAAGUUCGAUUUCUUCUUCUUCCUCGGCUUCAUGGUUCAGUUCCUUGUUGUCGUUAACGACCAAACCGAUGACCCGGAGUUUGGCCUUACCAUCGCCGUUAUUCCUAUUACGAUCUUUAUUCUGCUACUCGCCGCCUGGUCUGCCCGACGCGAGAACAAGUGGGGCAUGCUCUUCACUAUCGUCUGCUACCUCGGCGCCCUCACGUACUUUAUCUUCAAACUUGUCCGAAUCUAUCAAGCUCGCACUCAGGCUACGUAUCGACCUGUGCGAAAGUCUCUUACCGCCUUCUCCGUCAUCACCAUUCUCCUCAUUCUUCUAACCAUUGCCAAUGCCAUCAUCUGCAUGAGGAACUUUGGUGCUGGCCUGAAGGAUCACCUGACAUCGUCGUCCCGGCGAGACGAGGAGAAGCCCGACCUAAACUCGAUCAACCUGAAUGAUCUCAAACAACCUCAGGUUCCCAGCAGAAUGACUAUUGACUAA